AUGGUAGACUCAUAUACCCCCAAUGGGGCCAUCAAUGGCGAGCCAGCUCCAAUUAUGAGCAACAACUAUUUCGAACUGAUAUCCGGCCCGCUGAUCAACCUGAAGAACAUGCACUUUGAUUCCACACCGAUGUGGAAUGGAAGUGUGUUGAUUGUCACCAAACCGGGUCAGGACGAGCCUCAGCUGCACUUGCGCCAAGUGGGCCCUCUCUCUUCCGAGGGCCAGCACCAGUCCUCGACCAAUCAGACCGUCAGCCCUCUCAAGCUGUACCAAGAUCUAAACAAGACCUUCUGGCGAUUCUCCUUGAAUGUGCCGGUUGAAUCCUGGGAGGCGCUUUGGGAAUACGAUAUUCCGGGCCUAUACAAUGAGUCUGGAGAACAGGUCAACAGCCCCUGGACUUUUGUCGUGCCCGCCGAGGACCAGUCUAUGCGCAUCAUGUUCCACUCGUGUAAUGGGUUCUCUGUCGGCACCGACAUGGAUGCCUGGGUAGGGCCCAAUCUGUGGAACGAUGUUCUGCGCGUCCAUGCGAAGAAGCCUUUCCACGUCAUGGUGGGUGGUGGUGACCAGAUCUAUAACGAUGGUAUCCGUGUAGAUGGUCCCCUGAAGCCGUGGACAGCCAUUGGAAACCCACACAAGCGCCGAACCCACGAUUUCAACGAGAAGAUGCGCGCGGAGUGCGACGACUACUAUUACGCCAACUAUGUUCGCUGGUACAACACCGAGCCUUUCCGCGCGGCCAAUGGUCGCAUUCCUCAAGUUAACAUCUGGGACGAUCACGACAUCAUUGAUGGAUUCGGUUCGUAUACGGACCAUUUCAUGAAGUGUGCUGUGUUCCGUGGAAUUGGUGGAGUCGCUUUCAAGUACUACUGCUUGUUCCAGCAUCACGUUGCUCCGCCCAAGUCGACCUUCACCACCGAUGCGCCCCAGACGAUGCAUGCAGUGAAUGGCACUGCUGGUGUGGAUCCGCGCCAGCUGGAGAACACCUUUGUGCUCGAGAACCAGCCCGAGGACGACAGCUGGAUUGUGGGUAAGCGACCUGGUCCUUAUGUGGAGGAGCGCAGUCGUAGUCUGUAUAUGCGUUUCGGGAAGCGUAUCGCCUUUGUGGGCCUGGAUGCGCGGACUGAGCGUACCCGGCAUCAAGUAAAUUAUGAGGACACCUACGAUCUCAUUUUCCAGCGGUUACAGCAGGAGAUUGCCGCUGCAAAUGGCGAUAUCAAACACCUGGUGGUGCUCCUGGGUGUGCCUAUCGCAUACCCUCGUCUGGCAUGGCUCGAGAACAUCCUCACUUCCCCUAUCAUUGCUCCAAUCCGUCUCCUGAACAAACGAUUCGGCGUCGCUGGUGGCCUUUUUAAUGAAUUCGAUGGACAAGUCGACUUGCUGGAUGACCUGGAUGAUCACUACACCGCUCGCCAACACAAGCGCGAGCGAAGGAUGCUCGUUGAGCGGCUGCAGGAGCUCGCCCGUGCCAAUUCGGUGCGAGUAACCAUUCUCGGCGGUGACGUCCACUUAGCCGCGAUCGGUCGCUUCUAUUCUCACCCCAAGCUAAACUUGGCCGGCGAGAAUGAUCACCGCUACAUUGUCAAUGUCAUCAGCAGUGCCAUCACCAACAAGCCACCGCCAAAGGCCGUGGCCAACCUGCUAGCCCGCCGUAACAAGAUCCACCACCUGGGCCGCACCUGUGACGAGACAUUGAUGCCCAUGUUCGACAAACAGCCCGGUGGUGUUGAAAAGAGCGCUACCUGGAACAAGGUGACAAUGCCCUCGCGUAACUUUGCCUGUCUGACCGAAGUGGUCGCUCCUGCCGCCAACGGCACAUCAGUGGAGAUCCAGAGUGCCAAGCUUGCCCAUCUACCCAAGGACGGUCACGCGCCCCUUCACAAGGGUGAGGUUGACGCUGGUACCGCCCACAUUAGCGCCGAUGGGUUCACCUGUAGUACUAUGUACGGAGGCUUGGAUGUGGCUAUUCGCGUGGAGAUAGAUCCUCACGACCGACAGGGAACCACUGAAGGCUAUGGAUUCAGCAUUCCCCCUCUGACGGCCACUGCCGAACCUCCUUCAUCUCGUCACAGUCUUCGCUCUCGUAUCUCGCGUCAUGAUAUGCGUGGUGAUGCUCAAGAGACAGCUGACCGUCCAUCGACUGCCCAGUAA